GACAAUACAAAAAAUUCUAAUAAUGCGAACGGAAAUGUGCCUCCUGACUUCUUCAACAGACUCCAGACGUUUCCUUUGUUCAAUAAGGCUCCAAAGUCUUUCCACACUAAAGUAGCGUCCAAAUUGACACUCAUGCAAUACCAUCCUCAAGAAUACAUAAUCAAGAAAGGAGACCCUUCCAAGUCAAUGUACUGGAUCUUAAAGGGAACCGUAAGCGUUACAUCCACUGAUGGAGAGUCUAUUUAUGCCGAGCUAGCAGCCGGUAGCUUCUUUGGUGAGAUCGGAAUCUUGUUCAACAGACCCCGUACUGCAACUGUCGUAGCCCGUACUAAAGUAUUGGUAGGAGUUUUAACUAGCGAUGCCUUAAAUACUGUACUAAAACACUACCCUUUGAUAGAGAGAAGAAUCAGAGAUGAAGCUCAGGAACGUUUAGCCAUGCAAGAUAAGAAGAACAAAUACGAUCUUCCAAACUUGAUCUCCAACAAGAUGAUUGAAUCGGCUCCGAGCUUGCCUCCGAUAAGAAAUGGAAUCAAUGCGAACGCUACCAUAUCGAUUCAGGACUUCAUAAAGAACUUGCCGAUUUUCCAGAAUCUUCCUUCCACCAUCAUCCAUCAGUUGGCUCUUGGCGUCGAGCCCAUCAAUUUCAAUGCCUUUGAAUACAUCAUCCACAAAGGUGACACCAAUUCUGAUAUCUACUUCAUCAUUAACGGCGAAGUGGAAGUCAUAGACUACUCUCGUAACCAGGAAGGAGCUCAUAUUGAGCGUAUCUUGGCCCGUUUGAGUUCUGGAAGUUACUUUGGCGAAAUGUCAUUCCUUUCGUUUCUCAACGACAAGCACCUGGAUUGUGUUCGUAGUGCCAGCAUCAGAUCCAUCUCCACAGUAGAAUUGAUGGUGGUCAAAAGCGACAAGUUGGAGGACUUGUGCGAAAAGUACCCCUUCAUCGUAGACGAUAUGCGUAAAACUGCGGAGGAAAGAAACAAACUCAACAAUAGCAUCAAUUCCAAAGGAAGCGAGCACGAUAACAAGACGAGAUUGUCCAUUGAUUAUAUCAUCCAUAAGCAAGAUAAAGACCGUAGUGAUGAGGAAGAGUCUUCUCAUGAUACUUCUGAGAAAUCUUCACCUGAGAAGUCACCUUCUUCUCAGCCAAACUUGCAACACCCUCAGUCUCAACGUGUAGGAUCACCUUCUGUCUCUCCCAUUUCCAGCGAUGCAAAGAUGUCCACUAGCACAAGAAACACUUCAUUUGCUGAUGAACCUUUUUCGAGAAAGAGAAAGUCAGUUUCUAACAUAGUACCAUCUGUAAAUUAUUUCCAGAACUUCCAGUUUGCAAACAGUACCAGCAACAGAAAUGCUUUCCAGUACAUGCCACACAAUAAGAGAAUCAGAUUGGCCAGUAUCAGUGGCACUGGAAGAAGAAGAUCGUCCAUCUUGAGCAACAAUGGCCCUCUUCCAGAUAGGAUCCUCUUACGAGUGUUCGAGUUCUUGUCAUUGCCGGAAUUGAUGAAGUUGAGGAUCAUCAGUAGACGUUGGAGGCAGUUGUUGAGUGUAGCCUCCAAUUUGUGUACCAAUUUGGAUUUGACUCCAUGGAAUACUUCUAUAGACGACCAGGCACUUAUUUCCAUCACCGACUUCGUAGGAACCAGACCUCAGCAGAUCAAUAUCUCAAACUGCUUUCACAUCACCGAUGAAGGCUUCAGCUACAUGGUUAACGAGAUUGGUAUUUCAGGAAACAUUAAAGUGUUGAAGAUGAAGUCGAACUGGGAAGUGAGCGCCAUGGCUAUUAUGGAUUUAACAGUUCCCAGUGUUGGUGGCUAUUUAGAAGAGAUUGACUUAUCCAACUGUAGAAAGGUCAGAGAUAUUGUGUUGGAAAGAUUGCUCGGCUGGGACUCUUCUGCUAUAAAGGAAGAACUUUCUCAGCAGCAGAAUAUUAACGGUAGUAGCCCCGAGAUCGACCACGACUUGGAUCAGAUCGGGUGCAAAAGCUUGAAGAUCCUAAACAUAGGCUAUUGCAAACAUCUUACUGACAAUGUGAUGCAACAUAUUGCCAACCACGCCAGUCAACGUUUGGAAAGCUUGGAUCUUACCAGAUGUACCGCUAUCACUGACAGAGGGUUCCAGUACUGGACUUACAAGUCGUUUCCAAAUUUGAAGAAGUUGUCGUUGAAGGACUGCACUUUCCUCACCGACAAGUCAAUUAUCUCCAUUGCUAACUCUGCUACCAACUUGGAGAUCCUUGACUUGAACUUUUGCUGUGCUCUUUCUGAUAUCGCAAUCGAAGUCUUGUGUUUGGGAUGUCCUAACAUUCGCGAGCUUGAUCUUUCGUUCUGUGGUUCUGCAGUAAGUGAUUCAUCGUUAGUUGCAAUCUCCUUGCAUCUAAGAAGCCUCGAAAAGCUCAUCCUUAAAGGCUGUGUUAGAGUUACCAGAGCUGGUGUUGACGCAUUGUUGAGUGGUUGCUCGCCCUUGAGCUACAUAAAUAUCAGCCAGUGUAAGAACGCUCACAUAUACCCGGGUAACAUUCCUGCUCAAAAGCUCAAUGUCAACCCCCAGACGAAAUCGGCUUUCGUUACAGCCGGUUCCAACCAGAACAUUAUUGAGAUUGUGAUCUAG